GCUCCAGAGGCGUCUCCCCCUCCUACAGGCAGCAGCUCCACGGUAGUCCCGCUAGACCGCAGCAGCACUAGACGUGUCUCUGGUUCCAUGAUGUGAUGGAGGACCGGAGGAUGGACGGUGGAGGUCGCGGAGCUGUGAUCCGGUCGUGAUGAACCCUUUUGACGGCUCCGGUUCUCCCCGCCAUGAGGAGGUGGACGGCGGUGGAAGCCGGUGCCCGUGGGCCCGCUUCUCCUCCUGGCUGGAGUGCGUCUGUGUCGUUACCUUCGACCUGGAGCUCGGUCAGGCCAUCGAGCUGGUGUAUCCCCAGGACGUGAAACUCACUGAGAAGGAGAAAACCAGCAUCUGCUACCUGGCCUUCCCUGACUCGUACUCGGGAUGCCUUGGGGACACUGUGUUCAGCUUCAGGUUACGUCAGUCCGUGGGUCGCAGAGUUUCGAGGUUCAGAGAAGACGUUUACAACAGAGACGCCCCCGCCACCCUUCAGACUGAAGUGUCCCAUUUCUUUGGUUACGUCUAUUUCAGACAAGUGAAGGACGUUUCUGUGAAGAGAGGAUACUUUCAGAAGUCUCUGGUGUUGGUAUCCAGGUUACCAUACACUCACCUGUUCCACUCGCUGCUGCAGAUCGUUGCUCCCGAAUUCUUUGAGAAACAGGCGCCCUGUCUGGAAGCAGUGUGUAACGAGAUCGACCAAUGGCCUUCACCUGUACCUGGACUGACCCUCAACCUGCCUGUGAUGGGCGUGGUCUUACAGGUCCGGAUUCCUUCAAAAACAGACAAACCAGGAAGUCCAGUCAGACAGACUGCUAAAGAGAACCUCCUGCCGGCUCCGACUCUGCUGCCCACCAUCCACGAGCUGGACCUCUUCAAGUGUUUCCAGUCGGUCCUGAUCCACAUGCAGAUGCUCUGGGAGCUCAUGUUGCUCGGGGAACCAGUGGUCGUCAUGGCGCCGUCUCCCACGGUCUCCUCGGAAACCGUGCUGGCUCUGGUUAGCUCCAUCAGUCCUCUGAAGUUCUGCUGUGACUUCCGUCCAUAUUUCACCAUCCACGACAGCGAGUUCAGAGAGUACACCACCAGGACCCAGGCCCCGCCUAACGUGGUUCUGGGAGUCACCAAUCCGUUCUUCAUCAAGACUUUUCAGAACUGGCCUCACAUCGUCCGGCUGGGAGAAACCAAGAUGGCGGGUGAUUUACCGAAACAGGUGAAGGUGAAGAAACUGUCCAAACUGAAGACGCUGGACACUAAACCAGGGAUCUACACGGCGUUCAGGACGUUUCUCCACAAAGACAAGAUUCUGAUUAAAAGACUGUUGAAGGGGAUUCAGAGGAAGAGACCGUCGGAGGUUCAGAGCGCCAUCUUGAGGCGACACCUGUUAGAGCUCACCCAGAGCUUCAUCAUCCCGCUGGAGCGGUACAUGGCGAGCCUGAUGCCUCUGCAGAGAUCAGUGACACCGUGGAAGACUCCUCCUCAGAUUCGACCCUUCAGUCAGGACGAGUUCAUAUCCACUCUGGACCACACCGGGCCUCAGCUCACCUCGGUGCUCAAAGGUGAUUGGAUGGGACUGUACAGGAAGUUCUUCAGGUGUCCGAACUUUGACGGAUGGUAUCGUCAUCGACACAAAGAGAUGACACAGAAACUGGAGAGUCUUCACCUGGAGGUCAUCAGUGACGCCGACCUGAUGAGUUGGACUAAAGACAAGUCUGAGGUUGAAAUCGUCGACUUGAUUCUGAAGCUCAGAGAGAAACUGAUUAAAGCUCGCCGGCAGCAGCUGCAGGUGAAGGACGGCGUUUUAGAGAAACUAGACGCUUUUAUCAACGGCAUCAUCAGCUCGCUGCCCGGAGACCUGCGGACGCUGCUCAGUACACGUUGAGUACACAGAGUACAUGCUGAGUACACAGAGUACACACUGAGUACACACAGAGCACACACAGAGUACCUACUGAGUACACGUUGAGUGCACGCAGAGUACACGUUGGUACACACAGAGUACACACAGAGUACAUAUUGAGUACAUGUUAGUACACGCUGACAUCUUUCCUGUGUUCCUAACGGAGAAUAAAGUGUUUCAGGUUGAACGUGUUGUUGUGAUCAAACAUUUCACGUGAAUCUGAACACAUGAUGUUUUUUAAUCAGACUGACCUCAGUGAUGAAUGAAUGAAACUCACACUAAUAAUAAUAAUAAUGUGUUAUUUGCCUUUUUCCUCAAAACAGUAAAUAUGUAGUUUUGAUUUGAAAAGUAAAACCUGAAUCAUGUUCAUAUUUUGUCUACUUUGUUGUAUAUUCUAUUGUCUCUGGUGCUUAUUGAUCAAUAUAUUGAUCUGAAAGAUGUAUUUUAUGUUCUUAUGAAACCGCUCAGCUGAGCUAGUACGUCAUUAAAUAUCUGCUUUUA